UUCCCUGAGCCGCUUGUUCUCGCGGUAACGUUAGUAUACUGUUAGCUUAGCUAGCUAACCCCAUCGUUUCUAGGUUUCGUGUCGACCUGAAAAAAACAGCAAACCGAGAGAGACACAGGAAGGCUACGCCGCCGAAUACUUUCUAAAUCCCGGCUGCACCGAGGAGUGGGACAAUGCCGCACAGCUUCCAGCCCGGAGACCUGGUUUUCGCUAAAAUGAAGGGGUACCCCCACUGGCCAGCCAGGAUUGAAGACGUGGCUGAUGGGGCAGUGAAACCACCUCCUAAUAAAAUCCCAAUUUUCUUCUUUGGAACACAUGAGACAGCAUUCCUUGCAGCAAAGGACCUUUUUGCCUAUGAAAAGUACAGCGAACGCUAUGGAAAGCCCAACAAAAGGAAGGGGUUCAAUGAAGGUUUAUGGGAGAUCCAGAACAAUCCACAUGCAUCCUACAGCGCACCACCAGCACAGUUAGGGAGUCCUGAUGGCCAGCAGUCUAAGCCGGCCAGCUCAUCUGACAGUGAGGGCAACGAUGCCGGACGAGGAAGUGAUGAAGAUGACGACGAGGAAGAAGCAGCCCCAGCGCCUAAGAAAGCAGAUUCAGCUAGUGUGGUGGACUCAGAUUCUGGGAGUGAAGAUGAAGGAAAGGGAGUAGCUGUGAAGAGAAAGCCACCUCCUGCUAAGCGGCCUCCACCUCCAAAAAAGGCUCGUGGCUCGUCCAGUGAGCGAGACAAACAGGAGAGUGGAUCUGACUCAGAACCCACACCUUCAGAGUCUGAGUCCGGCAAGAAUAGUGACCAGGAUUUUACUCCAGAGAAGAAAGCAGGUGGUGGAGGACGAGGUGGACCGAAAGCAGGAGGCAGAGCGAAGAACAAGAAGGGUAUGUCUGGUUCAGACUCGGACUCAGGAUCAGAACCAGAGAAGAAAGCAGGUGGUGGAGGACGAGGUGGACCGAAAGCAGGAGGCAGAGCGAAGAACAAGAAGGGUAUGUCUGGCUCAGACUCGGACUCAGGAUCAGAACCAGAGAAGAAAGCAGGUGGUGGAGGACGAGGUGCACCGAAAGCAGGAGGCAGAGCGAAGAAUAAGAAGGGUAUGUCUGGCUCAGACUCGGACUCAGGAUCAAAUCCAGAGAAGAAAGCAGGUGGUGGAGGACGAGGUAGACCAAAAGCAGGAGGCAGAGCGAAGAAUAAGAAGGGUAUGUCUGGUUCAGACUCGGACUCAGGAUCAGAACCAGAGAAGAAAGCAGCUGACAGCGAGUCGGAGGACGAGAAGCCUCGACCGGCUGUGUCCGGCUCCGAGUCUCAGUCUGGCUCAAAGUCUGACUCAGACUCAGACCCUCCUCCUAAAAAAGCCCCACAGGCACGCAAGAAAGCACCCACAGAGAAGCCCGCACCAAAGCCUCGUGCACGGAAACCUAAACCCAAACCCAAACCCACCCCGGCAAAACGAACACCUUCAUCUUCAUCCGACAGCGACAGUGACAGUGGCCCCGACCGCAUCAGUGAAUGGAAGAAACGAGACGAGGAGCGUAAGCGAGAGCUGGAGGAGCGCCGGAAAAAAGAGGAGGCAGAGGAGCUCCGCAGGCUACGUGAGCGGGAGAAGGAGGAAGAUGAGCAAAAGAAAAAAGACAAAGAUAAGGGUAAAAAGGCGAGCGACAGUGACAGCGACAACAGCUCAGAUCCAGGCGUAGAGGAGCAUCCAUUGAAGAAGUCCAAGAAACCCCCCCCAGCCCCCAUCCCCGCUCCCUCAGACUCUGAUUCUCCGGCACCUACUGAGUCAAAGAAGUCGUCCAAGAAGCAAGACAACCAGAAGAAGGCCAGAAUAAAGAAAGAGAAGGAGAGAAAAGAUAAGAAGGAGAAAGAGCUUAAACAGAAAAAAGCCAGACGGUCAGAAGAGAAGACCAGAGCGAGGUCUAAGCCUGAAAAACCAAGACGCAAACCAGAGAGGCCGCCAGAGAAGAAGGUGGAAAAGAAAAAGGAGCCAUCACCAGAUGAAAAGCUACAGAAACUUCACACUGACAUAAAGUUUGCACUCAAAGUGGACAACCCGGACAUAGACCGGUGUCUACAGGCGCUGGAUGAACUGGCUGCUGUGCCCGUCACCAGCCAGAUCCUCCAUAAGAACGCUGAAGUUAUUGCCACACUAAAAAAGAUCCGACGGUAUAAGGCCAGUAAUGCAGUCAUGAUAAAAGCCACUGAGGUCUACAACAAGUUAAAACUACGCUUUAUGGGAAAGUCGGAGGAGGCAGCUAAACCUCAAACAGAGGACAAGGAACCAGAAAAUAAUGAGAAGGAGACACAAAACACAGACUCUGCUCCAGUGAAUGGGGAUUCACAAGAGAAAAAGGAUGAUAUGGAGGUAAAGGAAAAUCCAAAAUCACCAGCCAAUGAGGAAAAUAAUGACGAUACUGCUUCAAGUCCAAUCAGACGGAGCCCAGAGAGCCCUGUUGAACCACAGCUUCACAAGUAUGAAGAGGCAGACAAGUCCAUCUCUGCAGAGACGGAACCGCCAGCUGUAGAAAGCUGAAAGACCUGAAACCCCACUGCAGUGGACCAAGUGCUGAAGAUGGUGGCCUCUUUGUUUGACGUCAUACAGUGCCCCCUGCGUUUCCUACCCUAUCUGUUUCGUCAAUGUUGAUUUAUAGACAUUUUGUACGAUAUCAAACGAGAAGGCCCCUGUUGCUCAAUCCAUUUGGUCCAUUAUUUAAGACAACAAAAGGAAAGCUUGUUAGUAUGGUAGUUUGUGGCCCUGCACAGACUCCUUUUUAUUUCAGAAAAUGUACUUUUGGUUUUAUACAACACUCGGCCCGUCCUCGGUCUUCCCCCUGUACUCCUGCUAUUCUGUUCUUUCUACCACAUGAACCAUUACUUUGGUCUGUCACAUGGUAUUUAUAUUGAAUGAUUACAUUUUUAGCACUUCUAACCUGAAUUUAGGCGGGGGUUGUAUGAGAUGAAACGUCGACGAAUUAUCUUGGGAAAAUGGAGCCAUGCCGUUAAUUUUUUUUCUAUUGGAAGAUUUUGUGCAUCCUUUACAUCUGUUGGCUUCAUUUUGAUAAAGCCUACACAACAUCACAAAGGCCUCCUUUCUGUGUGUAUGACAUUGUAAGAGUGGUCAAGUACUAUCUGUGAGUCUUUUAUGUUAAGCUUUUUUAUUAAUAUUAUUAUCUGGUCUUGAUCCAGUCUGAAAUGUAAAGUCAAUAAUUGAGUCACUUAAAAAUGUUAUUCAACUGAGGUCCACCUACUUUUUUAUAGCCUUGUUUGCAAAUAUUUGCAUUCACAGUUUUGUCUAAAAUAUCAACUGCUGUGGAGUUAAACACCUUGCACUCUCGUCUCCCUAUAGUGUCUGCUUUCAGUAACUUGCAUAAUAAAUGGAAUAACUGUACAGAUUGAAAACUGCCCUUAAAAGCUAUUGAGAUCUCUUGUAGCUGCAGCCUAUUUUGACAUGUCCCCGUCUUAUGCAUACAACAGGUGUUUUUAGUGCUAUGUAAAUUGGUAAAGCAUUUCUAUGACUUAGUUGAGACUUGAAUAAAAAUCUCAGCAUGG